UGAUAACCUACAAAGGUUAGAUAAAACUUUAAUGAUCCUCGUGGAGGUACUGGAUAAGAUCAGCCAUGGCGAGGUCAAAGGCGAGGGUGUACACUUGUUGCGCGCUGAUGCUGCUCUGCUUGGUUGCAAUAAUUGUGUGUAUUGCUGUGCUCGUGAGGCGCAAAUGUCCAGAUGACACUUUCUCAAGCGCCGCUGUGGCCGCAGACUCUGGGAAAUGUUCGCAGAUUGGACGGGACAUACUAAAACAGGGGGGCUCGGCCGUAGAUGGCGCCAUUGCUGCGCUGCUGUGCACCUCCGUCAUGAACCCGCAGAGCAUGGGCAUCGGAGGGGGGUCCAUAUUCACAGUGAUGGACAGCUCUGGCAAUGUGAAAAUCAUCAACUCCAGAGAGACUGUGCCUGCCACGUUUAAAUCUGACCUGCUCAAGUCAUGCCCCAAGACCUUCCAGAUGAUAUCAGGUAGCGAAUGGAUUGGGGUCCCAGGGGAAAUUCGAGGUUAUGAGAAGGCUCACAAUCUGUAUGGGAAGUUGCCAUGGCACACCCUCUUCGAGCCGACCAUUAAACUGGCCAGAGAAGGUUUUCCUAUCCCUCCGAUCCAGGGUCGAUACAUCCCGUACAUCAACACGAACCUGACUCAGCCCUUACGGAAGUUCUAUACAGAUGAGAAUGGGAACUUGCUGAAGACUCAUGAUAUUGUGAAGUUCGAGAAACUGGCCGACACUUUGGAAACAAUUGCAAAACACGGAGCGAACGAAUUUUACACUGGAAACAUAGCAAAGGACUUAAUUCGUGACAUAGAGGACGCAGGAGGAACAAUCACGGCGCGAGACUUGGCAUCGUAUAAUGUUACUGUGACUGAUGCGUGGGCCGUUCCUUUGGGAGAGUACCAGAUGUACAUACCCCCACCCCCUGCAGGAGGCAUCAUCCUCAGCCUCAUCCUCAACGUCAUGAAAGGGUAUAACUUGAAUCCAGCAUCACAAAAGACACUGGCCUAUCAUCGCCUCAUUGAAGCUUUCAAGUUUGCCAAUGGAUUAAAGGCACACAUCCGUGAUCCACGCUUCAGCUCAGAGGAAAUGGCCAAGAAAUUCACAGAAGAAAGCUUUGCCGAGCACAUACGGAGCUUGAUCAGCAGCAGCGAGACUCACAGUCCACAGUAUUACAACAUCACCCCGUCUCUGGACAGCGUGGGCACCACGCAUGUGUCUGUGUUGGCUGAGGACGGCUCUGCUGUGUCUGUCACCAGCACCAUCAACCACAUAUUUGGCUCCAAGGUCUUCUCUCCGACCACCGGAGUCAUCCUCAACAAUCAGCUGUCUGACUUCUGUGGCAGAGCCGAUAACAUCUUUCCUGGGGAGCAGCCUCCGUCCUCCAUGGCCCCCGCUGUGCUCAAGUCUCAGUCGAAGACGCUGGUGAUUGGAUCGACAGGUGGGAGCAUGAUCACGACUGGGAUCGCCUCGGCGCUCAUAAACCACCUUUGGUUUGGUAAGAGCCUCAAGGAGGCGAUCUCUGCUCCAGUUCUUUAUGUUGACUCUCAAAAUGCUGUGAAGUUUGAGCCCAACUUUGAUAAGAAAGUCAUCGAGGCUCUGAAGGCUAUGGGGCACAAACAUGAAAGUGCAAAACAUUUCUACAACGUGGUGAACGCUGUGGAGAAGAAGGACGGCUGCAUCUGUGCCGUGUCUGAUGCCAGGAAACUGGGCGAAGCAGCCGGUUACUGAGAUGGCGAACCGCUGGCAUUGGCUAUGCAGGAGGGCCUUAAGGUAACAGAGACCUUUUGCAGCCACAAAACCACAAAGACUGCAACAGAUGGUGUGAAAUCACUGAACAAGUAAGUGAACAACAGGCCGCUUCGACUGAACACACACAGUAACAUGAGGCAGUUAAACACGUGGCGUCUGGACAGAACUGACUGUAACGGUGACAUGAUGGACUUCACUGUGCAUGAAGAGACAACUAUGACUGUAUCUGACCUACAGUGACUCCUCUGUUGGGCUCUGCACAUCUUAAACAUUCCCACUCUUAUGUUAAGGAUCUGUCUUUUGUAAAAACUUUAAUUCAUUUCAUUUUUCACAUCAUAAAAGUUACUACCUAUUCAUAGGUUGUGUUUCUGGUAUUCACACUCUUAGUACUACUGUCAUGUUUUAUGUGGUAUGAGCUGUCGUAGCAUGCUUUAUUUAAUACGCAGUGAAUGUUUUAUUUUUACAUGUUUCAAAGACCAGUGCUUUAAUAUUAAGAGAGGCAUUAUCAGACCUUAAUGACAACACUAUUGUGUGUCUUUCAACCAUUUUUUAACAUUAACGUUUUAAACUGAGUAAAAUUAUUACAGUCACUGACAUUUGUAAGGGGAAUAUUUGACAGUUUUGCUGCUUUAAUUAAAAAAGCAGUUCGAGCAAAUUUUGUUGAGCACUGUUUUAUGCAAGAGAAUGAUCUUGUUUGUCUUAUUUCCACAUGAAAUGUUGGAAUAAAUUGUUUUGGGGGUGGGAGGAAAUAAACCCACUCAGUCUUAUGGAGUAAGCAAACUUUGGCUAUAAACAAAAGAUUU